UAGGAAACUUCUAUAGGAUCAAUACAUAAAUUUAAAUUCUUUUUUAUUUUGAUUUGACUUUUAAUUAGGCCCACAUUGGUCUAGUCUAUAGCUUAAACCCAUCUCUAUAGCUACCAUAUAGCUUCACAAUUCUCAUGAUUUCUCAAACCAAAAACCUAGUACCUUAAAAACCAAAAAAUUUCAUUAAAAUGUUGAAGCCUUUUGUUUGUGGAACAUUCAAUCCAAUAGAUGAUGAUGAACUAUGUACAAUUUCAAGCCCAAGAAGAUACAAAAGAAAAGAUAGCAAAAACAACCCUUAUUCUACACGUGGCUUAGAUAAAUUUUCAGCACUUUUAUCUGAAUUAAACGAUAAAAGGCAGAAAAUUUAUUCACAAAUGAACCCUCAUGAUAUAUCUUACGUUCGUUUUGUUCACUCAAGUAAAGACGAUUUUGUCCCUAUUAUAGUUAAGGUGAAAAACAAGAGUCAAGAGAUAAAAGCAGUUAAAGCAAGAAACUUGGAGAAUUCUUCAAGUGAUCAUCAAUCAUCAAGUGUUGUUACUAUGGAAAAAAGAAACCAACCCAAGAGGAGAAUCUCCAUGAAUGUGAAGAAAAUUGAAAUGGAUAAAGCUAUGGUGUAUUUGGCAUUUGUUGUGAUUAUGGUUUUGCUUAUGUUGACUGUUUUUGGAAGAACGGUUACAACAGUUUUCACUUGUGUUUUGUGGUAUGCUAAUCCAACUAUGAAAGAUGGUUCUUUGAGUUCAAGAAGUUCUAUGAAGAAGAAAGAUUUUGUUAGAGGUUUGAGUGAGAAGAACAUGGUUAGUGAAGGGAUGAAGAAAAAAGAUUAUGGUAGAUGGUUUAGUGAAAGGAAAAUGGAGAUUAGUGAAGGGGUUAAUGAGAAGAAGAAAGAUUAUGUUAGAAGAUGGAGUGAGAAGAAUAUGGUUAGUGGUACUAAUGAUGGAUUAGUUUCUCCAAUAAGUGGUGGUGAUUCUGAUGAAGCUAAGUCCAAGAACAAGAAGAUUCAUGGAAAACGUUCACACAAGAAAAGUUAGUGAUCAUUGUAUUUUUAUUUUUUUGUUCACUUCCUUUGAAUUGUUCUUUCUUUCUUUUUUCAUGUUUCCAUUUUCUUGGUUAGGAUUAGAAUUUUAGUUGUGUGAAAUGUGAAUAUGUGUACAUUUUUUUGUUUUUGAAAACUUCUUGAAAUGAGUUGAGUUGACUAUUCAACCUUUCUUGUUAAAUGUUCAUUGUUAGAUCAUUAUAAUGGAAUUUCAAUUUGAAAGCUUAGUGUAGAUUUUGGUAGAGUUAGCUUAAUUAAUGCAAUCCAUGUUAGUGAUGUAGUUAAUUAAUUUAAUCAAAUUUCUUUGUUCUAAGCAAUAUACUAGUAUUUGUUUUUUUAUUAAGCAUGUUGAUUCUUUCAAGAUACCUGAAUUGAAUUAGAGGUUAGAAGUUUGAAUAGUUUGUGUUAGAUUAUUAUAAACUAAUACUCAUUGAUAUGGUCAUUGAUGAUGUAUUCUUUUUAAUAAAAAAAUUUGCUACUCUACUGGUUCUGAAGAAAUUAUUGCACAAGCCACCACACUCAACUAAGAUACAUUGAGUUAUACAAAUACAUUUUUGAUUGAGAUGAUUAAUUAUUAGUUAAUAUUGUUUCAAAUUUUCAUUAGUUUCUAGACUCAAUUUCACCAAUACACGUUGGUCAAGUUGUGAGGUGUUUAGUUUCUCUUGAGCAAUAAUUUGAUUUGAAAACAUGUGGAUGAAAAAAUAAAAGCAUGCACUGAAAGAACUUUUUCUAAAAUGAAAGAUAAAUGAAAGAGGAUUCUAAAUUAAAUGCAUUUAGUCCAAAAUUUAAACUAAAUAUAUUUAACUUUUGACAAAAGUAUCUAAACUCCAAAAUAUUACACUCAAUAUCUCAACAAUAAUUUCCCAGUUGGAGAGCUAUGUUU